GUCGCUAUAAGAACAGCUCUCUCAACACCAUUUCACUCCAACUUCCACUCUGCUUCUGCCACUCUCUCUUCGAAGCUCUCUCCCAUGGCUGCUUCACUGUUUCUGUGGCUAUGCCUCUCUCUUCUACUUCUGGGUUUUGCUUCUUCUUCCAAGUUCGAUGAGCUCUUCCAGCCCAGUUGGGCUUUAGAUCACUUCAAUUACAAAGGAGACACCCUCGAGCUCAAACUCGACAAUUACUCUGGAGCUGGGUUUUCGUCCAAAUCCAAAUUCAUGUUCGGCAAAGUGACCAUUCAGAUUAAACUCAUAGAGGGCGACUCUGCUGGAACCGUCACAGCAUUUUAUAUGUCAUCGGAGGGUCCAAAUCACAACGAAUUCGAUUUUGAGUUUCUGGGUAACAAAAGUGGAGAGCCCUACUCUGUUCAGACCAACAUUUAUGUUAAUGGAGUCGGAAACAGAGAGCAAAGAUUGAACCUUUGGUUCGACCCAGCCACUGAUUUCCACUCCUACUCCAUCUUUUGGAACCGCCGCCAAGUCAUAUUUUUAGUGGACGAGACGCCGGUUCGAGUGCACACGAACAUGGAGGAGAAGGGGGUGCCAUUUCCGGCGGACCAAGCCAUGGGAGUGUACAGCUCAAUAUGGAACGCCGACGACUGGGCCACACAGGGCGGCCGGGUCAAGACCGACUGGUCCCACGCCCCAUUCGUCGCAUCGUACAGAGCCUUCCAAAUCGACGCCUGCGAGGUCCCCGCCUCCGCCGCCCCCGCCGCCCACUGCAGCAGCGACGCCGCAGCCGCAGCCGGCAAGAAGUUCUGGUGGGACCAGCCGCUGCUCUCCGACCUGAAUCUGCACCAGAGCCAUCAGUUGCUGUGGGUUCGGGCCAACCACAUGAUUUAUGAUUACUGUACUGAUACUGCCAGAUUUGCUGUGCCGCCGCUGGAAUGUGCUCACCGCCGCCACUAGCGGCGGCGGCGGACGCCAUGUUUUGUCGGUUCCGGGCAAUGUAGUUUACCAUGUGUAAGAUAAUAACAUCAUUUUUUUCUUUGUUUUUUUUGAAUU